AUGAGUUAUGCUAUGAAUAUGUUUCUCAUAGUAUUUAUAAUAACCACUAUUGAAAUACAUAAAGUCAAAAGUGGCUUGGGUAAAGGACUUCCAAAACGUGAAUUUAUGGCAUUGAAAAAUGAGUCACUGACUGAAAGAUUACAGAAGUUAGUAACGUUCUGCCUAACUAGUUUCAGCAGUUGGAUGGUACUUUUAGGAUAA